AUGGCUGCCUUGACUUCUUCGCUUCUGUUUGUCAUUCUUGCUUUGUCUACCAUUGCCAGAGCUCAAGAUAGAGCACCACAUGGACUAGAAUACGAGAGCCCUAUGGCUCUCUCGCCAGAAGCAUAUGACUUUUUCAAUCCUGAUGCACAGCCAGAAAGCAGCACAGAACCUUGUUCUACAUCAGAUUGCACGACAUUACCAGAAGCAGCCACGGUGCAGUCAACUCCAGCACACGAAAGCACAUCACCACCUGAAGAACCUAAAAAACCACUGAGAACCCGUAGCAUUGCUACCGUUCCAAUUGGAUUGGUGUUUGCUCUCAUCCUAGGAAUGUUUAUCUACUACGUGGUGUAUACUCGCCAAACCAAUGCAGCUCGAACUAAAGCUGCCCAGCAGUUCCAGACCACCGUCUGA